AGCGUGGCAACCUCUCUAAGACAUGGAUAGAUGCAAACAUGUAGGGCGGUUACGGCUCGCCCAGGACCACUCCAUCCUGAACCCUCAGAAGUGGCGCUGCCUGGAGUGCGCCACCACAGAGUCUGUGUGGGCUUGUCUCAAGUGCUCCCACGUGGCCUGCGGCCACUACAUCGAAGACCACGCCCGAAAGCACUUCAAGGAGACGGGACACCCUCUGGCCAUGGAAGUACGGGACCUGUACGUGUUCUGUUACCUGUGCGAGGACUACGUGCUCAAUGACAACCCCGAGGGGGAUCUGAAGCUGCUGACAAGCUCCCUCCUGGCGGUCCGCGGCCAGGAGCUGGAUCCGCCGGUGCGACGCGGACGGACGCUGCGGUCCAUGGCUGCGGGUGAGGAUGUGGUCCCGCCGCAGCGCGCGCCUCAGGGACAGCCGCAGAUGCUCACGGCUCUGUGGUACCGGCGCCAGCGCCUGCUGGCCAAGACCCUGCGGCUGUGGUUCGAGAAAAGUUCCCGAGGCCAGGCAAAGCUGGAGCAGCAGCGGCAAGAGGAAGCGCUGGAGCGCAAGAAGGAGGAGGCACGGCAGCGGAGACGCGAGGUCAAGCGACGGCUGCUGGAGGAACUGGCCAGCGCCCCUCCGCGCAAGAGUGCACGCCUGCUCCUGCACACGCCACGCGCCGCCAGCGGCCCCGCAGCCCUGCCUACCUCACGCCGAGUGACCCCCGCCUCCACGGUGCUCAAACCACGUCGCCAGCCAGCAGUGGCCCCGGGCGUCACGGGCCUGCGCAACCUGGGCAACACGUGCUACAUGAACUCCAUUCUACAGGUGCUCAGCCACCUCCAGAAGUUCCGGGAAUGUUUCCUGAACCUCGACCCUUCCACAACAGAACACCUGUUUCCCCAAGCCACCAACGGGAGGACUCAGCUCUCAGGCAAGUCGGUCAGCAAUUCAGCCACUGAGCUGUCAGCGCGCAGCCACAGGGCCGAGGCAUGCCAGCGGGAGGGCUUCUGCUGGAAAGGUGGCGCGUCCAUCAGCCGGAGCCUGGAGCUCAUCCAGAACAAGGAGCCCAGCUCGAAGCACAUCUCCCUCUGCCACGAACUGCACACGCUCUUCCGAGUCAUGUGGUCGGGGAAGUGGGCCCUGGUGUCACCCUUCGCCAUGCUGCACUCGGUGUGGAGCCUGAUCCCUGCCUUCCGUGGCUACGACCAGCAGGACGCACAGGAAUUUCUCUGUGAGCUUCUGCAUAAAGUGCAGCAGGAGCUGGAAUCGGAGGGCGCUACGCGCCGGAUCCUCAUCCCCUUCUCCCAGCGGAAACUCACCAAACAGGUCUUAAAGGUGGUAAACACUAUAUUUCACGGGCAGCUGCUCAGUCAGGUCACUUGUGUAUCAUGUAAUUACAAAUCCAAUACCAUUGAGCCCUUUUGGGAUCUUUCCCUGGAAUUUCCAGAGCGCUAUCACUGCAUGGAAAAGGGAUUUGUCCCUCUGAAUCAGACAGAGUGCCUGCUCACCGAGAUGCUGGCCAAGUUUACAGAGACGGAGGCUCUGGAAGGGAGAAUCUACGCUUGUGACCAGUGUAAUAGCAAACGACGAAAAUCCAACCCCAAACCCCUUGUUCUGAGUGAAGCUAGAAAGCAGUUAAUGAUCUACAGACUACCUCAGGUCCUCCGGCUGCACCUUAAAAGAUUCAGGUGGUCUGGCCGUAACCAUCGAGAGAAGAUUGGGGUCCAUGUCGUCUUUGACCAGGUAUUAACCAUGGAACCUUACUGCUGCAGGGACAUGCUCUCCUCUCUUGACAAAGAGACCUUUGCCUAUGAUCUCUCCGCAGUGGUCAUGCAUCACGGGAAAGGGUUUGGCUCAGGACACUACACAGCCUAUUGCUACAACACAGAGGGAGGUUUUUGGGUCCACUGCAAUGACUCAAAGCUGAAUGUAUGCAGUGUCGAGGAAGUAUGCAAAACCCAGGCCUACAUCCUUUUUUACACUCAAAGAACAGUGCAGGGCAAUGGAAGGCUCCCAGAAACCCACCUCCAAGCUCAGGUGCAGUCCAGCAAUGGCGAAGGCAAACCCCGGGCGUUCCCCUGAAUGGGAGGCGUGUGUCAAAGACUGUAUUGCUUUCAAACUAAUGGUGUCUAUACAUUGCUCCUCAUGUAGGAAAUAAGGCCUGCUGCAGGAACAGCUGACUGGGUUUGCCUCCCUUGGUCUAGAGUGGAAGGUGCCAGGGGAUCCAGGGCCUCUCCUGAGAUUUGGAGCUACUUUCUUUUGAAUGGAUUUGGGAAUAACUUCUAUGAAGAUCCUUUCAUCUGUCGCUUCUGAAUUUAGAAGGAUCUGGGUAACAAGGGAGCAGCAUGAUCGUGUCCAGCCAGGAGGGCUGGAUCCAGCGUGCGAUUCCCCUGCUCAUCAGGACCUCCCUGCAGCACAGCAGAGCCUUUCCUGAGUGAGAAGUCCUGGCCAGAGCGUAAGGAGGGCCCUGGCUGGGAGUGCUUCCAAGGCGGGCAGUGAAGUGUAAGGAUUUAUUCCCACAAGACUUGAAGACUUCCUUUUAUAGAGGAUAGCAGUUGAAGAAUGAGAGGCACUGAGCAAAUUUCUCCAUGAAAAAAUGGGAGGUUUUCACAUGCCAUUCCUUCCCUACCUGGUGCUAUUACUUUAUCAUUCCACAUUUCUGAAACGGGCAUGACCAUCCCUUCAUUCUAAAGGGGCAGUUCAUCUAAGGAAGCAGAGUACAAGUACUAGUCUUGUACUUUGCUGUGUGGUGGGCCAUAGGGCACUGGCUCCUGAUUCUCCCUGCUCUAUAGCAGAUCCCUGAUUCAGGUCUAGAGCAAACAUAUUGUCUGGUUUAAACUUGGCCUUAAGCCUCUUAAGGUUUUCUCAAAACUCAAUUGAGUGUGGGCGGGGACAACCACUGAUCCAGAGCUUACCUCAACGUCUGUCACCUCUGUUUAUCUUGGUGCAGCAUGCAGCGUCUUUCUUGUACCUAGACAGCUGAAACAGUCAUGUUCUCAAGGUCCCCCAGCUAUUGCUGUCCCAAAGCAACCCACUCCAUCCUGCCCAACAGUCUAUUACUGAUGGCCACCACUGGUUCCCUCCCAAGUCUCAAUUCCACCUGUUCUCAGUCCUUCAGGGAAAAAAGCAGGAGUGCACCGCCUUUUAUCCCAGUGCUAGUAAUGUGCAUCUGUUUAAGUCCAGAUAGUUUCUAAGUGGGAUGAAAGUGUCCAGACAAAACCAACCCCUCCUCACCAUCAGGCACCACUGCGAUGCAGGUGCACCAGGCUGGCCUGGGCUUGCUGCAGGGAGGCUCAGCCUGCCAUGCAUAGUGCUCAUCUCCUGACUGAGUGUACCAUGUUAAUGUUUGAAUUCAGGUAGAAGGAAGUAGUGUGGAACAGAGUUGGGGACAGGGUGGGCAGUGGGGGAAACCAGGCAAAAGUGAGGGCUAUAGCUUUAGCAGAUAUUGAUGAGCCCGUUUCCCAAACAGACCAGUAGCAUUUGCUGUUGACCUCUUUUUGAAAUGAAUUCUCCCAUAGGACUUACCAGACAGCACUGAGACAUGGAAGAAAUUCAGACAGAAACUAAUUCACCCUGAUAGGGAAGGAGUGACUAUGUUUUAAAUUAAACUUGCUUUUUCCAACACUGUGAGGUUUCUGUAAUAUUUAGCUUUUAUUUGGAAGCGAUAGCGUAUGGCAUAUUUUAUGCUGUUUGGUUUAUAUUAUCUACUGCAGGAUUCUUUAUAUAAGCUUUGCCUGGGCUCACCCUCUCCAAGACACUGUUUUAAAGUGUCACAGCUGCCCAUGCUGCCCAAGGCUCUCAUAGGACACUGUUCUUAAAACCCGCAUUUGUAAGUCAGCAGGACUAGUGAUGACUUCUUGUGGCAACUGAAAAGCCCAUCAACUCAGAAACACCAAGAAGAAUGAAGACAAAAGCAAACCACGAGUUGUGCCUCAUCUUUCAGUGAACCCUACAUUUAUUACUCUGAAAAAGGAGAACUUACCAGAAAGCUAAUAGAGCAUCUGCUUCACCCUUUAAGCUGUCCAAGGGGAAAUACUAAGAAACACAGGCGUUUAAUGGAAC